UGGCUUCGCUGAUUCUAUUAAGUGUCAGGAUCGGAAUUUUCCUAUGGUGGGAAGAUUGGAAUAUCCUUAAAGUUUCCGCUCGAAGCUCGGUUCGCGACAGGUUCGCGAAGGUCGUUCUUUUGCGUUCAGCUUCGACCCAGCUUUCAUGGAAGCCAAAUUCGACAACAAAGCUAAUAUUCUCAACGCGCGUCUACUUGCAACACACGACAACUCUCCCAUUUAUGCCACAAAAACCAAUUUCACAUUUCGCGGACGAGACAUCACCCUUCUACAAGAUACGAAUCCGGCUCUGAGUACUGGGAGCGUCACCGUCGGAGCAAUACACUGGCACGACAAGAUCAUGGAGGUCAACGGACACAGGAAGAAAGUCGCGGAUUUGAAGGAGAAGAGGAAGAAUGGAUUCUUGAACAAGGUGUUCCGUAGGGCAAGGUACUGGAGGUGGUCAGCCGAGAGAAGAGAGUAUGAGAUCAAGUACACGAAUGAUGAGUGGACGGCUACAAUGCUGAAGAGCGACGGUACAUCGAAGAUCGUGGGUCGCUUUGCCGUUCCAUAUCGACCGCACCUGUUCACAAAAGCCGACCCACCACUCUUAUCGCUAACCAGAACAGCGUUGGCAGAGGAUGAGAUAUUUCUUCUGCUAGUAUUCAUUUACUCGGAGGCCAAACGCCAAAGUGAUACCAAUAGUUCUGUGGGGAAUGGCUCGGAAGGGUGGUGAUUACGACAUCAUGCAUCAAUCCCUAUGUACAAUCAUAAUGCUUCGGUCUUGAAUUCGAAUUUCCAUUGUGCCCGGACAAUGCUUGAUAAAUAAUCCUUCCCGAACCUGAAUGAACAAUUACAAACCAAACACUUCACUCUACUAGGCUCCACUGUUGUGGACUGCACCUCGCUUGGGAAAGGAUAGAUUUCAGUUAAAUCGAUACCAGAACUAGUAUGGCAGGAACUAGGGAAUGAUGCAGGAUUUAUGUAUGCAAAAAGUGUAGGGUGGUCCUGGGUGGUCUAAGUAUCAUCUGAGUGUCUUUGUCAAGGUGUAGAUUUUACUUCAAGUAUCAAGUGAAAAAACAAUGCACAUAAGUUGCACUACAGGAUAUACACACUUCAAAAGCCUUGUAGAAAUUUGUUUGAUUAAUCUGAGUAUUGAGGAAAGAAUGCGGCGCACAUAAGGUGCGCCGCAA